AUGACAUUCGUUUGGUUCGAAAGCCCUAGAAAGGUGCUGGGAAUGCAGGAUAUGACAACUGAUCAGCAGGAUCUUGCACUCAGAGGAAAGGCUGUACAGUCGUCUUCGUUUGCUACACCACCUAAAUUGGCCAUUGACGGUCAUUCAACCAGCUGCAUACACACUAAAAUUGAGACGAACCCAUGGUGGAGGCUGGACCUGAUGAAUUCAUUCAGCAUUGGAAGAGUUGUGUUCACUAACAGAGUUGACUGCUGUCCAGAACUAAUCGAUGGAGCCCAGAUUCUCAUCGGAGACUCCCUGGAGAACAACGGCAACAACAACUCCAAAUGUGCAGAGAUUUCGGGUCUUUCAGCAGGUCAGUCUGUCUCGUAUUCAUGUGGUGGACUGCAAGGCCGUUACCUGAAUGUGUUCAUUCCUGGAGACUCCAAGAAUCUGACUCUGUGUGAGCUGACGGUCUAUUCCACAGGUGCUUCUGACACUUAA